AUCUUUGAAUGCAACGCAGAGCUAUUGAAUGGCGCAAAAUUCAUAAGUCGUCCUUGCAGUUUCACCGAAAACGUCCGCUGUUAACAGAAAAGGAACCCUGACGUUACGUGUAAAGAUCAUUAUAACAUUAUUGAAGACUCCUAGCGACUGCCUUGAAAAUACACCGCCAUGCAUACUGUGUUGCUUGCGAUAUCGCUUCUUGUAGUUUCAGUGAUUGGACAGCGAGUGGAACCAUUUGAUAAGAAUAUCACAAUUUCCAAUGGAAAUGAUGUUGACUUAGAGUGUGUAAUAAGUGGUGUUGCUGACAAUCAGUUUCUUUCAUGGACCAGAAUUACUGAAACUGAUGGUGGGAGUGUUACUACUGAUGUCAUUGCAUUUGAUGAGCAACUUGCCUAUGAUGGAAGUGACCCUGAUGUACCCAAUAGUCCUGCUAGAUACAGUCUCAUAAAAACUAGUACCAGGUACACUCUUGAAAUUGACGAUGCCAAAAUGGAAGAUGAAGGUAAAUUCGAAUGCAGCAUCUCAAAAACAGAUCAAAAGCAGGCAGUCUGGUUAACUGUAAAAACGGUACCAGAGAUCGACCCCAUCACUGGCAAUUUCUUUGCUCAUGAAAAUAAGACAUAUGAAUUGAAGUGUAUAGCAAGUGGAAGUCCUAAACCAAGCAUUGUCUGGUCCAGACCAGGUGACAUGUUACCGAGUGGUGAAUAUUUAUCACAUGGUAGUAUAUUGGAAUUAGUGAACAUGAGCAGUUCCCAUCGAGGUGUUUAUCAAUGUGCUGCCAGUAACACUGAGGGCAGUGUUAAAAGGACUGUAGAAAUCACAAUGGACCAUAAACCAGAAGUAACUGUUGUAAAGGAAGUUGUAUUAGCAUGGCCCGGUGAAACUGCAUCACUUACCUGUUUAUUUGAGGCUAACCCCAGUGCAAGCUUAACACAGUGGAUUAAAGUUGACUCUGGACGUACAAUUAAGUAA